CACCAAACUUGAUCUGGCGAAAAAUGGACGCGUUUUUUGCGAGGGCGAAUGCGGCGGCCGGUCCGUCCUUCUGCAAGCAUUGCGGAUCCAUCUUGGACUUGCCAGAAACCAACUCAAUCGUGUGCUCGUCGUGCGGCUUCACGUGCCGGUAUACAGACUUGCCGUCGCUGACCACGAUCACGUACAGCCAAGACCGACCGGAACCCAAGUGGGUCAAGGAAAAUGUCCAGUCCCAAGAAGUCACGGGUCCAUCGCGCGCCACGGUGGAGGAAACGUGUCCAAAGUGUGGCCAUCCUGAAAUGGAAUUCUACACGCUGCAGCUCCGAUCGGCAGACGAAGGGCAAACGGUCUUUUACGAGUGCAAGAAGUGCGGCCACAGAUACUCCGUCAACACAUAACGCAGCACCGGUCGCAACCAACAUCCAACCCUCGAAUGCAAACGAUUUUGCCAUUUUUCCCA